GCAGUCGCCGCAACGAUCGAUUAUUUCGAAUGAUAAUACCGACGCUUAUAAACAAUUGGAAACCAUUUCCAUUUAGAGGGUGGGUACGAAUGGCGUGAUUACAGAACAGUGCCGUCAUGGAUCGUUGUGUUUCAGUUUUCCUCCUGCUUUCUGUGACUUUUGUUUCUUCGAGAUCUUUUUCAUCGUCGGAGAUUCGUUCGUUACAAAAGAGGUCUGUGGAAGUAGCUGACCAACUCCGUCUGGAAGAUGAAUUGAAGAGAGUCAAGCGUCUUCAAGAAGACCAGGAAUUGUCAAGAGUAAAGCGUUUUGAUGAAAAAGAAUUAGCACGGCAGAAGAGAACUGAUUUGGACAGGGGGAAGAGAAGCGACAACGUCGCUUUGUCACGAGUCAAGCGUCUGAAAAGAGCAAUUCUGGAAAGAAAGUUAGAGAGAGAUAUCUUACUACACCGGAUGAAACGAGGCGAAGUUGAACAUGAUUCAAAACAUGGAUCACAUACGAACAUCAACCAACACAAUGCUGUUAAAAGAAACAAGGAAAAAAAGAGAGAUUUUAAAAAGAAACGGAUGGAAAUGGCGAUGAAGAGGCGCGGAUAUAUGGGAGAACAUCGAGUUAUGAAGAAAGGAGAUCCAAGAUUUCACAAGAACCGACCCCAUUUCAGACAAAGAAUGAUGAAGCGCCGUAGGUUAAACAAGAAUGAACGAAAAUUUCAAAUCAGAAAUAUCCUGAAACGGCACCAUGUGCAGCACCAUCGUAGUGACGUGAAGAAACCUAAGCGACAUAACAAGAGGGAACAUAAAUUGAAUUCUAGGAACAACCCAUGAACAGUUGUACAUAUACUACAAACAUUGAGUGCUGUUAAUGUCAGCUGACGGUUUUUAUGGAAGAGAUCCACCAAGCGCACAUGUUGUUAAAAAUAUUUCCUGAAUAUUUACUGAAACUUUUGAUUCUAUACAUCACACCUUUUCAACAACCUUUAACAAGAUGUCUUUUAUAUACUCUUUUGUACGAAAUUUCUUUCUCUUUUUUUAUUUGUCAUGAUAUAAAAUCCAUAUUUUAAUUAAAAAAGAUCAUGGAGGUAA